AUGGCCUCCGUCGGAACCGAUGCUGAGGGCCAGGUGACCUUCCUCGUCUACUGCAUCAAGCACUCUACAGGUGGAAAGGUUGACUUUCAGUCUGUUGCUGAUGACUGCAACAUUGUUACCAAGGCUGCCGCUGCCAAGCGAUUCGAGCGCGUUCUCCAGAAGUAUGGAUUGAAGACCAGCGACUUGGCCAAGGCCGGUCCCAUGGCCGCCUCUCCCGGUGGUAGCACCGCGAGCCCCAAGACCCCGUCCAAGAGCGCUGCCAAGGUUACUCCUAAGUCGAAGGGCAAGCGCGCCGCCGCCGACACUCCCACCAAGGAGACCAAGCGAUCCAAGCUGGCCAAUCACCCGGCUGUCUCGUCCUACAAUGACGAUGACGACGCCGAGGAGGAGAACCAGUUCAAGGUCAAGUCGGACCCUGAGGCCUCUGUCGCUGACUCCACCAACGGUUCGUACUACAAUGUCCCCCGAGGCCGCGAUGACGAUGACGACGACCUGCAACUUCUCUAUGUUGUGGAGAAGACGAGCGAUUGCCCCGUUCACGAUUCCGGCGAAUCUCGGAGUCCUCCUUCCGCGUCCGUUUCGAGCGAUACUAACACCGAUAUUUCAAUGCAGAUGCUGCCGAGGGCGACGAGCAAUCCGAGAUUUAGCGACAUGCCAGCUUGCUAUCAUGGCUGGGGGUUCCUACCGGAUAUUCCCGUCUAUACAUGGCCGGAUACUUGCGCGAUACAUGGGGAGCUGGAAGCAGCACAGACUGAAGAUAGACCUCUUACGCUGACGAUGUGGCUGUCAUGGCUCACCAAAUUGCUGGAAAGGAUGGCUCGUACAUGGGAAUGGGAGUGA